GCAAUUUGGCGGGAAGCAUCUGCACUUCACCCUCCGAAAUGAGCAGAUUACCAGAAAUAACCGAUCUCUUCGCGCGGCUAGCUUCGAAUCUCAAAACCCUAUAUCCAACGGAUAAAAAUGAGGAUUGCUUAGAAGGAGCAUCUGAUCCGUCCAUUUCGGAGCUGAAUCGAUCCCUCAACCUCGACGACGAAGGUUCUAGUGUUAGGGUUUUGGACGCUGCUCUAUCUCUGAUGUGUUUCAAAGCACCGCAGGUUUUCGAAUCGAGGGUUGAGUAUCUGGUGAAGACAAUUGUUGCUGUUAUUUCUUCUUCAAUAUCUUGUAAGGUUUCAAGGUUUCAGAGGGAAGAGGUUUUUCUAAUCGGUAGCUCGAUUUCUCGUUAUGAUUGCACGGAAUUGAUCGAGGCGUGUACUGAUGUUAUCGGGAGAUUAAAGGGACAUGGGAAGCUUCCACUUUUGUUAUCAUAUGCUGUCGUAAGAGUAGCAGCAUUGUCAUCUCGCUACCGAUGUCUAUUCCCAUUAACUCCAAUUCUACAUGAACAAUCGAUCAAGGAAAGAAGUAACAAUAUUUCAAAGCUGCUUUUCCAUUUUCCCGGAGAAUUCUCCCUUAAAAACCAUGAAAUACCAUUCAGAUUGCUAUUGUGGUAUCUUGAUCCACUAAUUCUGAAGCAUGAUGUUUCAAAAAUUUUGCAAGACACUAUGAAGAGGCCGUUCCUUUGUUUGAAUAAGGAAUUUCAUGAGAGGAUGGAUUGGCGUUCUAUAAUAAUAUGCUUGGUACUUUCGCCCACUAUGUUUGUUGAGACCAGAGCUCUAUUACAUAAUUGGUUUCUAAUCACGGGUCUGGCUUCUGUACUCCAGCUUCUAAUUGAAGUAGUCUCCAUGAUACUAGAUGUAGUUUCCCGACCAACAGGGUGGGGAAUAUCAGUAGAAAUGGGAUCAAAGCUGCCAUUUUCUAUCGCGUAUUUUCCCUACAAUCAUCACGUGUACAGAAUUCUGUCUGGAACCCUCUCAUCUGAGAGUUUUCUGCAUUUAGUUAGUAUCAUUAAUGUACCAAUUUCUCGUGCUGGAAACCAUUCCAUGCCUACCAUCAAGCAAGUGCCUAUGAAGAUUUCAACAAUAGGUCACAAAUCUGUCUGCAGGGCUGCAGCAAUGAAUUUCCCAGAUUGGUUCUUUUUUGCUUCUGUUUUACUCUUCUCCGAGAAAAGUUUUCAAGACAAUUUUUAUUCAAAAUGUGGAAUAGGGGUACCCAGAACUGAGAAAAGGCAUGAUGUAGAACCACUUUGUUUUUCUUCUGCUGCAGCAAGGUACAUUGCAUGGAUUCUGAGUCCUGCUGACAAAUCUCAUCAGGAUCUUCUGGUUGAUUGGCUGACUAAACUAUCAGAGUCUUGGACUCUGAAACAAUUUGGGUCAGAUACAUAUAACAAAGAAAUAGCUGACUACAGAAAGAAACUCAAGAAAACCAAAUUUCCUGUUUACAAAGGGGACUAUAAUCUCCCAAAAGAGUACAACUAUGUAACUAUUGUUCUCUGGCUGAAGGAAUUCCAGAACAGCUAUACGAAGAAUCAGUAUAAAACUGCCAGUAGCCUGGCAUUUUGUGAACAUAACUUAUCCUACAGUCUGAGAUUUCAGCACAGUGUGCUAUUUAGAAGAAUUCCUUUAGGCAUCUUGAUUGGGUGCCCCUAUUAUUUAGAUGAAUCUGGAUGUGAGAUGCUUCUGCAUUAUUCUGCAACAGGUACAAUACCUCUGUUAAGAGAAACUCAUUCUGGUGCAUUGAAGCAUUUGAAACUGGAUUCUGAAGGACAAAAAGAUUCGAUAAUGUGGACUGAAGAAUAUACUAAGGAGGAGGCGGCAGCAGGAGCUUCUCUUGUCUUCAGAUUAACUGAUGUUGUUUUGAGCAUGGCAGCUUCAUUAUUUGAGACUGAUGAGAGUGGUCUAGAAUUUAUUUGCCAGGUGAAAGUCAAAGCAGGCAGGUACUUAAUUAAGUGUAUCAAGAAGCUGCUCCAGUUCAAUGAUGGAAUUAUGCUGAUGGAUCUCUUCAAUAGACUGGUGCAAUGGAGGAACCAAGGCCAAGAAGUAUUUCAAGGUUGCACAGAUCUGGAUGAUGUCAUUAAUGGCUUGGGUCUUAAAUUAUCUUCCUUAUGAGGAGAAUUUGUAGAGGAGGGCAGGCCUUUUUUUCAUGCAUAACCUGCUCUGUGAUUUCCUUAUCCGGUUGUAAAGCAUUUGUGUUUACUGGUGAGACAGGGGGGGAGAGGGGAAGAAGUGUUUAUUUUUUGUUCAAUUAUACCUGUAAAGAUGGAUAAUGCAACUGCAUUUUUGUAAGUCAACUCGCCCUUUUCUCAAUCA